AUGGAAUCGUGCUACGCCAAGACGGUCAUGAGCGGCGCCAUGGGUUUCGCUAUGGGCGGGUUGUUCGGCAUGUUUAUGGCUUCGAUGUCCUACGACACCCCCUUCCACGGCGCCCCCGGCGCUCCAGGCUCCCCCGCGCCCGCCGCGGGUUUACCCGGCGCGAGCGCCGCCGCGACACCGGCUUCGAUAUCCUCCCUCCCACUGCGGAAACAGCUGGCGAACGGCUUCAAGGACAUGGGCGCGCGCUCGUGGAGCUCGGCCAAGAACUUUGGGGCCAUUGGCGCCCUGUACAGCGGCAUCGAGUGCGGCAUUGAGGGGCUGCGGGCCAAGAACGAUCUCGGGAAUAGUGUCGCGGCGGGUUGUGCGACGGGCGCCAUUUUGGCCCGCAACGGAGGGCCCCAGGCGGCUGCGUUAGGGUGUGCGGGGUUCGCGGCGUUCAGUGCGGCUAUUGAUGCCUGGAUGAGGAUGCCUAAGGAUGAGGAUUGA